CACGCGAGCGGCGGUCGCGGGACCGGCAAACGGCUUGGCUCGGCGCUGCCGCCCCGCGAUCGCACGGCUCCGCCGCCUCCGUCCCAGAUGGCUUCAGUAACAGAUGCCAGAUACAGGCAGAAAGAUACUUCAGAUCAAAAUUUCGAUUACAUGUUCAAACUCCUGAUCAUUGGCAACAGCAGCGUGGGUAAAACGUCCUUCCUCUUCAGAUAUGCGGAUGACACGUUUACACCAGCCUUUGUUAGCACAGUAGGAAUUGACUUCAAAGUGAAAACCGUUUAUAGGAAUGACAAGCGAGUGAAACUGCAGAUUUGGGAUACAGCUGGACAAGAGAGAUACAGGACCAUCACUACAGCGUAUUACCGCGGAGCCAUGGGCUUCAUCCUCAUGUAUGACAUCACCAGUGAAGACUCGUUCAAUGCAGUGCAGGACUGGGCCACACAAAUCAAGACUUACUCUUGGGACAAUGCACAAGUGAUCCUGGUUGGAAACAAAUGUGACAUGGAGGAUGAAAGAAUUGUCCCUUUGGAGAAAGGGAAACAUCUGGCUGAUCAGCUAGGUUUUGAUUAUUUUGAAGCCAGUGCCAAAGAAAACAUCAACGUAAGACAGGUGUUUGAGCGUCUUGUGGAUAUAAUCUGUGAAAAGAUGUCAGAAAGUUUAGAAUCCGACUCUUCCAGGGGCACUUCUGGAAGGAGCAUGCGACUCACAGACAACCCACCCCCUUUGCAGCAGAACUGCUCCUGUUAGUAACCGUUCUCUGAGAAAUGUCCCUCUCCUUUCCUGAUUAAAUUUUCUCUUUUCUUUUGUGGUGGUGCUUUAUCAUGUAGUGCAAAGGCAGAAGUCUCUGUUAUAGGAAACUGGUAUGUAUGUUUAAUGUCCCAGAGUGCUUAAUAUUAUAUAUUUCUUCCUCCAAUAAUUUAACAAAAUUCUGAAUAAAUAUUGU